AUGGAUGCAUCACCUACAACAGCAGAUAAUGAUGAUCAACAACAACAGCGCCUCAUUCAACGACAACAACUUAACCGGUCUUCCUUUUACAUGUUGCUCUUUUUGUUUUCUUUAUUGUUUUUCAAUUUUUCAGAUGAUAAUAGCAAUGUUCGAGUAGGAAAACCAACUAAGGGAGAAUUGAUAGAAGACUUAGAAAAUGAGAAGAGUCUACUAAACAAUUUGACUUUCGGUGAAAAUAUAACAUACCCCAUACCUAACACAGUAAAAGGACCAUUAAAAGAAUUAUGGUCAAUUGGUCAGCAACCAGAAACAUCUUAUUACCAUAAUAUUACAGGGAUAUUUCGAGGCGAAUGGAUAAAUAGAAAUAUUAGUAUACCACAAUCUACAAAUAUAACCGAAGUAAAUAAAGCAAGAAAUAACUAUAGUUUUGAAGGACCAGGUUCAUGGACGUUUAACGUAAAGGCAGUCAAAACAAUUGAUCAUGAUAUGAAUUAUAUUGAGGGUUAUUUUCGAUUUAAGGAUGCAGAAAAAAGUGAUUAUGGCGCAUUACUGCUGGCGGGAGGCGUUCAUUAUUUAACUAAUGGUACACUUUAUCUAAUGGUUGUUCCAGACAGAUAUCCACUUCCAUUGGAUGAACUAUUACACAUGUUACCUUCUAAUGACACAUUUAUUAUAGCACGAAAUGUUAUUAAUGAACAAAUAGACAAAAGAAUUGAAGAGUUAAAAGAAGAAAGAUACUGGGAUUGGCAGUCGAUUGAUGAUGGAGAUCAUUCUGAAGACUUGCCUUUCACUUGUAGCUUUCAAAUGUUUGGUCAACUAACCCCUUCAACUACUACCAAAGAAUCAGACUUAUUAGACUAUGAAAAAGAACUGGAAAAUCCACAAGGCAUUUCUACUAUUAAUCCACCGCUAUUAUUAUUAUCUUCCGAGAUGUAUUCUCCAAAUUGUCAGCUUUUAUUAUCUACUUCGAAUUCAAAGGGUAUCAAAAUCGAAAAUUAUUAUAGUAAAGCUAUGACAUAUGCAAGUAUAGCUAGUUUAAUUGCAAUUAUUCAAAUAUUUACCUUGAUUGAUCAAAUGGAGUUUACACCGACACCUUCUAGUGUAUCAAAUGUCUCUUAUUGGACAAUUGCUAUGCAAGCUGUCAUGGAUGGUUAUCUUUGUUUAUUGCAUUUAACAACAGGUGUGGUAAUCGAGAAUGUCUUUAUUCCUUUUGCUACAGCUGCAUUCUUUACUUUUAUUCUUGUCUCUAUAUUUGGUAUGCGAUAUUUACUUGUUGUCUGGAGAAUUCAACGUCCUGAAUCCAUCCGACCACCCUCCCCUGAUGACACGGUACGUCGACCACCAACAGAAGAAUCACAGAAUCCACAACGUGAUAUUACAUUUCUUUAUUACAGACUAUACGCAGUCUUAUUGCUGGGCCUCUUCCUAUUCUAUCAGUCUGUCACUCGAUCUGCCUUUGUACAAAACAUGAUUGUAGGUACAUUGGGGCUUGCAUUUUAUUCUUUUUGGAUACCACAAAUUGUUAGAAAUGUAUUUAGAGGAUGUCGACAUCCAUUAAGUCAACGUUAUGUUUUAAUUAUGAGUAUUACACGAUUAUGUAUACCUUUGUACUUUUAUGGUUAUGAAGAUAAUUUUAUUGGCCAUGAAACGACUCAUUGGAUCUGGAUUUUAGUUAUAUAUGUGAGUUUACAAGUUCUUAUUUUGUUUCUUCAAGACACAUUUGGGCCAAGAUUCUUUGUACCUUCAAUGUACUUACCUCAAACAUAUGACUAUCAUCCAAUUUUAUCCACUGCUGAAGAUGAGGAAAGUAUAGCAGCUAAUAAAGACUGUGCUAUUUGUAUGUUACCUAUUGAUAUGCAUCAUGGACAUUCGAGUUUAAACGUUGUGUUGUCAAGAACAAAUUAUAUGGUAACACCUUGUCAUCAUAUAUUUCAUACAGAAUGUCUAGAAAAGUGGAUGAGGAUUAAAUUAGAAUGUCCUGUUUGUAGAGCAUACCUUCCUGCUUGUUAA